AUUCUUCAUCAUCAUAAAGAUUUAGACAGAUGCUCUCGCGAACAAGAUGGAGAGGGUUUUUGAUACCAAGAGCUCUAAGUAUAAGGCGGUUCCACGUGAAGCCCCAUUUCAAUGAGUUAGCACCCAAUACGUAUGUUCAAGAAGAACCCAAACCUGAAGAUGAGAUUAUAAUAGCUAUGAGUUCAGGAGUUGAUUCAUCAGUUAGUGCUGCAAUGUAUGCAUCGAAGUACCGUAAUGUGAGAGGGAUAUAUAUGGCAAAUUGGACUCAAACUGCUAAAUGUAUCGAAGCAGAUUGGAAAGAUGUUCAAAAAAUAUGUCAGCAUAUUGGAAUACCCUGUGAACGGGUGAAUUUUGAGAAAGAGUAUUGGAAUCAAGUCUUUGAGCCAAUGAUAUCGAUGUACUCCAAGGGAUUGACGCCCAACCCUGAUACUGGGUGUAAUAAGUAUGUUAAAUUUGGUAAAAUGAUUGAAUAUUUAACCAAUAAAUUCCAGAAUACAAAGGCUAAUUGGUGGUUGGUAACAGGGCAUUAUUCAAGAAUAAUGAAGCAUAGAGAAACAGGAGAGUACCAUUUGCUAAGGGGUUACUAUGGGAAUAAAGAUCAAUCAUUUUAUUUAUCCAAUAUCCCCAAAAAAGCAUUAUCUAAAGUAUUAUUACCAAUUGGACAUAUGAUAAAACCAGAUGUUAGAAAACUUGCAAAAGAUUUUCAAUUACAUAUUGCUGAAAAGCCUGAUUCGGAUGGUUUGUGUUUUGUUGGGCAAGAAACUUCAAGUUUUCGAGAAUUUUUAAAUGAAUAUAUUGAACCAAAUCCUGGUAAUAUAAUAACUGAAGAUGGUAAAAUAUGGGGCCAACAUAAAGGUUUAUGGCAUGCCACUAUUGGUCAAAAACUGGGGAUCUCAUUGCCACAAGGUAAUCCAGAGUAUAAAGGUGUUUGGUUCAUUAGUGAGAAGCGAUUUGAAACAAAUGAAUUAGUGAUUGUUAAAGGUCGAGAUAAUCCUAAAUUAUAUCAAAAUGGGUUGAGUGUUAGUGAUUGGGAAUGGAUAAUUGAAAAUCCAAGUCAGUUUUCAAAUUCAAAAGAGCUAACCUUGCAAUAUAGAUCUCUACAAGAACCUGAUCAAGUUUUUGAAUUUAAUCAAGAUAAAGAUGAAGUGAAAAUAAAAAUCAAGGAUAAAGCCCGGGCAAUGGCACCGGGUCAAAACGUUGUUCUUUAUCAUGGUAAUACGGUUCUUGGAUCCGGGGUUUUGAAAUCUACAUGGAAUUAUUAAUUUCAACUGUAAAUAGAAUAAAAUAGUUUAUAUUUCAAUACAUAUAACGUUACAAACGGG